ACAGAUUGCGGCAUAACGAAUCAAGAGAUCCGAAUAGUUGGGGGGCGUCCGACGGGCGUGAAUCGCUACCCGUGGGUGGCGCGUCUCGUCUACGACGGUCAGUUCCACUGCGGCGCCUCUCUUGUUUCCGAGGACUACGUACUCACUGCCGCGCAUUGCGUCCGAAGAUUAAAGCGUUCGAAGAUCCGAGUCAUAUUGGGCGAUCACGACCAAUUUUCGACGACGGAAACGCAGGCCAUAAUGAGAGCUGUCUCAGCAAUUAUCAGACACAGAAAUUUCGAUGCCAAUUCAUAUAAUCAUGACAUAGCUUUAUUGAGACUGCGAAAACCUGUCACAUUUGGUAAAACCAUCAGGCCGGUUUGCCUGCCGCGUACCUACAGCGAUCCUGCCGGCAAGGAAGGAACCGUGGUAGGUUGGGGCCGAACUAGCGAAGGUGGAACCUUGCCAGGUAUCGUGCAGGAAGUAAACGUGCCAAUCCUCAGUCUUGCCCAAUGCCGAUCAAUGAAGUACAGAGCUUCUAGGAUAACGCCCAACAUGUUAUGUGCCGGUAAAGGAAGACAAGACUCGUGCCAAGGUGAUAGUGGUGGACCUCUACUCAUCCAGACCAGCGAGAGGCAUGAGAUAGUUGGAAUAGUGUCUUGGGGAGUCGGAUGCGGCAGACCAGGCUACCCAGGAGUAUACACCCGAGUCGGGCGCUACUUGAGUUGGAUCAAAAAUAAUUUAGAAGACACUUGUAUAUGUAAAAACUAA